AUGUCUCUGGUGGCUGCCGCCCCGGGAUCCGUGGAGAAAAGGCAGAAAGUCACUGCGCUACCAUUGUCGACUCGAGGCCGAGACAUCAUCGACGGUACUGGCAAUGUCUUCCAUUUCAUCUCCACAAACUGGCCAGGACACCAGGAAAUCAUGAUCCCCGAGGGCCUUCAGUUUGCCUCGGCCGAGGACAUUGCAGCGCGGCUCCCAAAGCUUGGUCUCAACUCCGUACGCAUGCCGUUUGCAAUUGAAAUGGUAGACGACUACCUGGCAAACAGCCCCAAGCAGACGCUUGAGAAGAGCGUCUUGAAUGCCGUCCCGGGGACCAACGGAACCGAUUUGUUAAACGCCAUCUUGAAAAACAACCCGAAAUUCACAAAAGACACCACCAGACUGCAGGUCUGGGAUGCCGUUGCCCAGGCGCUGUCGGACCAAGGCAUCCUCAUCCACCUUGACAAUCAUGUCAGUAAAGCCAUGUGGUGCUGCGCUCAGGACGAUGGAAAUGACUGGUUCGGAGAAAAGUACUUUGAUGUGGAAAAGUGGAAGCAAGGCCUCGCAUUCAUGGCCAAACACGCAAAGAACUGGAAUACAUUUGUCUCGAUAGGUCUACGCAACGAGCUGCGUGCCGCGCAGCAGGCCGAACCCGUAGACUGGUACACAUGGUACGUCCACAUGACGGCAGCCGCCGACGCCGUGCACACGGCCGCGCCCAAUGCCCUCAUCUUCUUCUCUGGCCUCUCCUACGACACCUACAUCGACCCCAUCCCGCUGGGCCAGCCGCUGCAAGGCACCGCCAACACGGCGACAGCCGGCAAAACCGCGACAUUUGACCCCAGCACAUUCGCGUGGAAGAACAAGAUUGUGCUCGAGAUCCACAAGUACGACUUUGAGCAGACCCAUGACGAUUGCACCACCUUCAAGACCAAGUGGUACCAAAAGGGCUUCCAGGCCGUCAACGCCUCCGACCCAAAUACCAAGCACCUUUUCCCAAUGGUCAUUUCAGAAUGGGGCUUCAUUAACAACGGCGUCUACUGGAACCAAACCACGUAUGCAGCGUGCCUCGUGGAAAUGGUCAAGGAGUACAAGGUUGGCUCCAUGAAUUGGGUGCUGGCCGGUAGCUAUUACCUACAGACGCGUCCCGGCAGAACGCCUGCUACGCUCAUCGGACCAGAUGAGGCGUGGGGCAUUUUGAACUAUGACUGGUCGGAUACCAGGUCGCCUGUUACCGUGGAGAAUAGUCUGCUCAAGAUGGGAGAGGCGUUGAGUUAG